AUGAUAGGUUGCACUCUAAAUAAACCCUAUAGAAGAAGAGAGCUCCUACUACCUUCUUUGGUUUGCAUUUUUUCCGUCAUGCUAAAGAUAAGCAUUUAAUUCUUGUGCAGGAGGUUUCUCGUCUAAGAUUGUUACCCUGGAAUCAAUCCAGAUUUUUACUACUCAUGAGUGGCUACCCACAAAACCAGAAGUUAUUUUCCAAUGUCAGGGAGAGAAAAUCAUAGUUUUGCCUGAUGUAACGAAAGCAAACUUGUUAUAUUCCUUCAAGGGUGAAGAAUCUUGGCAGGUUUGUAAUAAGUGAAUCAAGUAUCGCACUUCAAUUGUGUUUCAGCUAUUUUACGGUGUAUGAAUGCUCGGGUCUAGUUACUUUCAAAAGAAGGACACGAGUCGUCCUUUGUUCUGGUUCUGUUUCAAAGUAGUGAAUUUACAUGCUGUGAUGACCGGUCAAUGUGGUACCCGUGGAUUUACCAUUUGUUAAAAAAUGCCUCGAACUUGUCCAUUUCUUUCUCUUUGGAUAAAUAUGGCGUAUUAAGAUCAUAAGUGCUGUCAUCUCUCUAAAUAAUCCUAUCUAAAUAAUGAAGAGACAAAACCAUCUUUGCAAGCUGUCAUAAUGAAUAUCUUUUACUGACUGGUUGAGUGGAAGCGCAUCAUGUCAUUUUAAUUUUUGAGAGGCUAACAGUUAUUGGGAUAUAUUUGAUCCCUAACAACUUAACUACGUCUACUUAUGGACAGGUUUGCUAGAGUCAUCUUUCACUCAAUCGGAAGUUCAUCUAAUUCCCCUGGCUUUUUAAGUGAGAGCUUCUUUCCAAGAAAGCCUACACCUGAAUUAGUGUUUCUGGGACUGUAUAUUGUGUGAUAUUAUGAUCAUCAUUCUACUCUAGCUGAAUUUUGUUUGUAGAGUCGAACAACUUUGGAUAGAAGAGAGCCUCCCAAAGAUUCCAUUUUCCAGUUGACUGAGAAGAAAAAAAAACACAUUAUUGUUUGCUUAAGCCUAUUGCUUCUGCAACCUGAGAACAACCAGUCAAAUUUCUUUGGGAAAGAAAAAAAAAAUUGGUUUCAGGGUAUACACAACACUCAUGCUCCUUUGAGCUAAAGAGUAAAUUGGACGAACACAUAUCUUCUAGAACCAGUCUAAUGAGCCUUAAAUUUUUGUGGAUCCUAUGUGGGCGUAUAAACAGCUUUGUUCUACCUGUCAGACCUCUGGUCAUCAGGCCAUUGAUAAUUAACUCUUUACUAUGCUUCAUUUGUGAACGAGACAUGGCCAAUUCUUUUUGUUUGAUUCCCCAAUUUGUUCAAAUGGGAUGGUAGUCGACCUCCUGGUUUCUAAAAAUGAAGGUAUUUCAUCCUCAGCUAGAAGAAUGCUAAAUGAUAUAUAUAUAUAUAUAUAUAUAUAUAUAUAUAUAUAUAUAUGUAUACAUAUACUGAGUUUUUUAAAAAUUCAUAAAAGUAUUUCUAUCUUGCCCCACAUUUUCCACCCAACUUGGUGAACAGAGGAACAUCGACUGUAAUUGUUUGGCAGCCAUGGUACAUAUGAGGUCCGAGAAGUUUCCUACAAAAAUAUAUGUUUUGCAUUUGCUUAUCAGUUUUUAUUAUUAUUGCAAAAAAUUUGCUUAUUUCCCUCAUCAGGGAAAUCGGAACAAAAUUAUAAAGAUUUCAAUUCGGAAACUCACCUGUCAAUAACGACGUCCUUUGAGAAUUCAUUUUGAAAUCAAUAAUCGACAUAGCUUUUAUGUAUUCCUUCAUCUGUAAUCUGUAGUUUACAAAGAUUCGACUGAAAUUAGUCUCGGCAAUGAGCUUCCAUAUUUUUUUUUUCCGCAGCCUCUGACAGAGCUUCCAGAUAAGAAAUGCAAGAGGUGCGGUUUAUAUGAGAAGGACAUGAUAAAGCCUCGUGAUGUGUUUGAUGAAUGGGAACUUUGUUCCAGCGACUUUGUCAACGGAAAGUAUAUCCAUUUCAAGGGAAAGGAGUUCAACGCCACCUUCUUAUGCCCCGACUGUGGGCCAGUUAAGGAUGGUUCGUACCACAUUUCUGGGCAUCUACUUUCCUGAUUUACCGCAUUUUUUUUUUCAAAAAAGCAUUAAAUAUUUUGGGGCUGUCAAAGGGCCACGCUAGGCUCAACCUCUGCUAGAACCAGCCUCAGCCUAGAGAGAGAGAGAGAGAUGGUGUCGUGGGCUAGGAAGAAAUAUAUAUCUUUUCAUGUUAUGAGCUUGAAAGAAUCUGCCCUGGGCUCAUGCUUCCGCAGAUAAUCAGGCAUCAUUGUUCACCAUGAUUUAUGACCAGAAAUACAUGUCCAUGUGUGCAGGCCCUCCCAGCUCUCCCUCAGAAAGCGGACCCGCCACAGGUCACAGAAUAAGCGUGGAGCUGGUGAUAAUUAUCAGUGCUCUGGUCUCCGCCGUGGUUAUUGCUGCGGCGGUGGCUGGCUACAGAUGCUGGCUGAGGAGAAAGAGGCAGCAAGACCAGGCGCGGUUCCUGAGGCUCUUCGAGGAAGGUGAUGACAUCGAAGAUGAACUUGGUCUGGAGGCCAUAUAA